GAAAAAAAAAAAAAAUUGAGGCUCGGCAAUCCUGACAGAAAUUUUUAGCGCAUUUCGAUAUUUUUUUUUAAAGUUUUAUAAAUAAAAUUGCCUACUAGCGGUAAAUUUACAUAAAAUUGUUUUUGCUGAAUUAAGUCGGAAUUUAUAUAAAAAGAAAAAUACAUUCCAAACAAAAAAAAUACGUGAAAAGUAGUACAAACUAUAAUUAGUCAAAAGACAUCAAGGCAAAAGCCAAAAUGGCUGAUAAACGUGCACGAAAGGAAGAAUUUACAGAUUUAGAGGCAGUGGAUGAUAUGCUUAUUAAUGUUAAUAAUUUUAUUGAAGGGAUUUACCGUGAUUUGAAUAUUCGAUCAAUUAGUAUACCUGAAUUCAAUCCGAUGUCUCAAAUUUUAAAUUCACAGUCUCGAUCGACAUCUCCGUCGUCUCCGCUGUCGUCACCAGUUAUUGCUUUGGAUAGAGAUAUAGUUACCAAUACAUCAAAUAGUCUAAAUUUUCGUGGAAGCCAUAGAAUUUUAGAACCUAUUUCACAUCCUGAAGUUGUAAUUGACACUGUUCGAGUUAACCGCAUUUAUGGGACACCAGAUCACAAUCAGCGUUCUAUAGGAAUUUCCAUAGGUAAUUGUAGCACUAUUAGAAGCGUACCCAUUUUACCAUGCGGCCCCGUAUCACAAAUAAUGAGCUCAAGUAUAAAUAAUGCGAAUUUGAGGACAAAUAGUUCUUGCCUCCGAAACACUAGCGCCUGCCCCGCAAAUGCGGCCGAAUCAAUUGUCGACUUGACAAUUUUGCAAACACCAGAAUCUUUAAGAUACAGGAGUGCGGUGGGGGAGGGUCGCGGUGGUCAUAGACGCAAUAACUACAAAGAUGGGGACGUUACCAUAGUUCCAUCCUGUAGUAAUGAAGUGAUUGACUUAUGUACACCCACAGUUUCGGCACCAGUCUCAAAACGGGCUUUACGCCUAGACCAAAACUCAUCCGUGCACAAUAUUUCGGAAUCACCUAUACGCCCCACAACCUCAAGUAAUCAAUGUCGCAGGCGUUUCUCCAACCGCCCCAACCAUUCCCAACAAUUAAUCGUCAAUCGCGAUACAAGCAAGCCCAAAAAGGCUACAGAUAAGUCGUCCUCUAAUGAAUAUUCAUUAUUGUCGACCGUACUGCCAACUACGCCAGGUGCUCGCACACCUUUCAUGUGUCCAGUAUGCAUGGAAUCAACUGUGCAGCGGCAGCCUACGUCUACACGUUGCGGCCAUGUAUUUUGUCAAAGCUGUAUUCGUCAAGCGAUAGAGUUCAGCCGUAAGUGUCCUUUAUGUAAAGCGAAAGUGCUGCCAAAUCAUCUAUUACGGAUCUACUUAUAAUUGAAUAAUUUUAAAUCUGUUUUAGCAAGUUUUUUUUAUAAAAGGAGAAAAAUUUGAAAUAGGUAUUUUGAAGGAUUU